ACGACUUCCGUUUUGAUCCACGUUUUUCUCGCAGGAGGUCUUCACUGCGAAAAACACGACUUUAGUUAAUAAAUAUGAGGCCGUUAACGGAGGAAGAGACGAAAACGAUGUUUGAGAAGCUGUCGAAAUACAUCGGUGAAAACAUAAAGCUUCUUGUGGACCGACCAGACGGUACCUACUGCUUCAGGCUACACAAUGACCGCGUGUACUACAUGAGUGAGAAAAUCCUUAAGUUGGCCACAAACAUUUCCCGGGACAAGCUCAUGUCGGUGGGUACGUGUUUCGGGAAGUUCACAAAGACCAAGAAGUUCCGCCUGCACAUCACAGCCCUGGAUUUCCUGGCUCCUUAUGCAAAGUUCAAGGUGUGGGUGAAACCUGGAGCAGAGCAGUCUUUCCUGUACGGGAACCACGUGCUAAAAUCAGGCCUCGGGAGAAUCACCGAGAACACCAUGCAGUAUCAGGGAGUUGUGGUUUACUCCAUGGCUGACGUGCCUCUGGGUUUUGGAGUGGCAGCCAAGACGACUCAGGAGUGUCGGCGAGUGGACCCCAUGUCCAUUGUAGUGUUCCACCAGGCAGAUGUGGGAGAGUUCAUCAGGAAUGAAGACGCAUUAACAUAAAGAUGCUGCAAACAACUGGACUGUCAAAAUCUUUGUUCCCUGUUGCAUACCCGUCAACAUUCAUCGAAAUCCACAGCCAGCGCAGCUUGUUUUUUUAGCUGCUUACUUUCACCACUGAAGAUUCUAUAGUUCCAUGGUUGGACUGUAUUCCCCUGCACUCAAAGGACUGAAACACUCAACAUAAAUUACUGUUAAUUUGCAACAUACAGAGCCGCCUGAUACUCUCCCUCAUCCUUUGUUUCAAAUGUUGUCUAAAUGAAGGGGGUGUGUUUCUGUGUGCACGUCUCUUGUAAAUGUCCUUUUUCAAAUAAAUCCGUGACAUCUUUGUAUUA